UCCGUCCCCGACGACGUGAUGGCGUCACGUCCGGCUUUCCGACCAAUCAGCGGCGGCGGAUUCUACGCGGUGGAGAUUCGAACGUAACGGCGGUUAGUCUGUGAGGAGAAGAAGCCGCUGACGCUAAAAUGUGAAAGCACAAACCUGGAAUUUAUGACCCUCUCUUCAUAGUAAUAAAAAAGACAUCAAGUUGAAAGACUUUGCCAUUGGAACAACAUGGAAGAGUCAUGUUUUGUUAAGGUACUUGCUACCUCGCAAAAAGUUUGAGGGAUUUUGUUGUCUCCAUUUCCUUCUGGUAGAAGAGGAGAAAUGAAAGCAGUUUCCCUCAGCAUCAUCCCUGGAGGUACGCCUCUAAAAGACUUGGGGAAAUUUCGGGAGGAUAGAACUUCAGUUGCCAAAGAAGCUGUUUUUCCUUCAGUGGUUCUUCCCUGCAGAAAAAAUGGCUUGAGAAAAGAGGUUAAAGGGGGGAAAACCCUCCAGUCAACUCUCAUAGCUGGUGCUCCUUUUGAUAAAUUAUUUCUUGACCUCAGCGAGAUAAAGCCAGUUACUGAAGAACAGGGGCCACCUUUAUGUGAUGUGAAGCAGGAAGCCAUAUCGCCGACAGGGAGCACCUACCUCAAAAGUAAGGUUUGCGAGCGGCCACCUUUUCAGUCUCCGUCAAAAAUCUUCUCAGCCAUGAAGAUCAGGGCAGCUCUUAGGGCUGUGCACCAGGGCACGCCUCUGGAAAGGAAUCUCACCAACACAAACAGCACCACGGAUUACAUCCUCACUCCUGCAAGACACCCAGGCCUUUUGGGAAGGCAAGGCGAGAAACCAAGCGCCAAAGAGGAGAAGCUAAAGGAACUGCUGGAUGACGAGCCACAUGAGGAGGCCAAGGCGGGAAAAGGUGUGUUCUUCCAUUCCUGUCUAUAA